AUGGGUCUCCUUGAUAUUGUACAACCCGGCGUUCUCAAUGGCGAGGACGUCAUGAAGGUGUACAAAUACGCUCAAGAACAUAAGUUUGCCAUCCCAGCUGUGAACGUGACGUCGUCGUCGACGGCGAACGCUGCUCUUGAGGCCGCCCGCAACAUUAAGUCGCCCAUUAUUAUCCAGACGUCAAACGGCGGUGCCGCUUUCUACGCUGGUAAAGGUAUCGACAAUAAAAACCAGAAUGCGUCGGUGCUAGGCGCCAUUGCUGCUGCAUAUCACGUGCGUGCCAUGGCCAAACAUUACGGUAUCCCCGUGAUCCUGCACUCAGACUACUGCGCCAAGAAACUCCUGCCGUGGUUUGACGGCAUGCUGGAAGCUGAUGAAAAGUAUUUUGCAGAGCACGGUGUGCCAUUGUGGAGCUCACACAUGUUGGACUUGUCGGAAGAGCCAAUGGAGGAAAAUGUGGCUAUCAGCAAGAAGUACUUUGAACGCAUGGCUAAGAUGGGUCUGAUCCUUGAGGUUGAGCUGGGUCUGGCCGGCGGUGAGGAGGACGGUGUGGACAACAGCGAGGUGGACAACGCGUCACUGUACUCACAGCCAGAGGACAUUCUACUGGCAUACAAUGAGCUGGGGUCCGUGUCGCCAUACUUCACGAUUGCUGCAGCGUUUGGCAACGUACACGGCGUGUACAAACCGGGCAAUGUGAAGCUUCACCCCGAGAUCCUGGGUGAUUUCCAAAAGCAUGUCGCCAAGGAAAAGUCGCUUGCGACAGACAAGCCUGUGUUUUUUGUGUUCCACGGCGGCUCGGGUUCGUCGGCUCAGGAGAUCGAGACGGCAGUGGGCAAUGGCGUAGUGAAGAUGAACAUUGACACGGACACGCAAUGGGCGUACUGGGACGGUCUGCGCAAGUUUUACGAGGAGAAGAAGGACUAUUUGCAAGGUCAGAUCGGCAACCCGGACGGCGCAGACGUCCCAAACAAGAAGUACUACGACCCGCGUGUGUGGGUGCGCAAGUCGGAGGAGUCCAUGAUCAUUCGUCUGCAGCAGGCGUUCCGCGAUCUGAACUGCGUGAAUGUGUUGUAA